AGCGAUAGCGUAGCACCACAACCCGGCUGUUCUUCUCGCCGGUAGCAUCAGAAUUCAUCUCGUGUCGGGACGCGUCAUUAGAUCGAUUCUCGAGUGCUGGACCCGCAACAGACUUGAUACAUAAGAAAAUAUAUAUUAUGCAUAUAUAUAUGUUUAUACACACAUAAAUUACAUCACAUGCAUAAUACAUAUAUAAAUGUGUAUAUAUAUUAUUCUUAUGACCGCUCGCGAAAAGUCAUUUUGAAUCAGCUGAUAUCGAUUUAUUGAUCGGGAGAUCGCGCGCGAUGGAGAGCAAUAAAUCAAAGGGCUGCCGACGAGGGAAUAAUCGCAGGAGAAACGGCGGCAACAAAGAGAACAAGCGCGAGAUCGAGAGGAUGAAGAAAUCGAGGAGCGAGGAAUCCAUCCAGUGGUCGCAUUAUCCCGUAUCCGACGACGAGAGCAGGGUGGAUAUCGCGGAAGAGGAGACGUCCCUGGACCUGGAAAAUUUCGACAACGGAGGCGAGAAUAAUCCAAAGAGCUCGCUCAUGUGUCCCGCGUUACGCCGGCAAUUGCAGACGCACAGAAACGUUCUUCGGCUUCUGCACGAGCACAAGCUGGCCUCCACGCAGAUCAACGGCCAGAGGAUCCUCAGCAUCCAGCCGGUCCGAUGGACCGGCCCGACUCCCGGUAUCGAUUGCGAGAUCUUCGUCGGCCGUAUCCCGAAGACGAUCUACGAGGACACCCUAUAUCCCCUGUUCAAGACGAUCGGCGAGAUAUUCCAGAUACGGCUGAUGGUGGACAUGGCCGAGUUGACGAGGGGCUAUUGUUUCAUCAUGUACACGAAUCCGGAGGACGCGGGACGCGCGAUCGCGCAGUUAGAUCAGUACGAGAUCUCGCCGGGCAAGAAGAUACGAGUCCUGGCGAGCGUAAACAAGUGCAAGCUCUACAUCGGCCCGUUGCCGUGGUUCAUCGCGUCGGAGGAGGUUGUCAGAGUGAUCUACGCAUCGGCAUGGGAUAUCGAGUAUGUGUCCAUCUAUCGAUUUCCGAAUCACGAUGCGGCCUACGCUAUAGUUUCCUUUAAAUCGCAUCGCAAUGCAGCCUUGGCGAGACGAAAAUUGAGACCCGAAAAACUUUUCAAAUGUAACGAGGUACAUGUGGAAUGGGCUCGUGUCGAUUGGAAUCCUUCUAAUGUGUACGAAGAUCGUGGCACGGUAGAUGAUAAGGGCGACGUGCACAUUAAUCGAAAGUAUCUGCAAUCUAACAAUAAGAAGACGCCUAUGCUACCAUCGUUUCCAACGCAGAGCGAGUCUAAUUCUCGCUGCCAGAAGCAACUUCCGCCAAUCUGCCCGCCGUCAUCACUCGGUACGAGUGGCAACGAUCGUGACAACUCCGUCAAAUCUAUUCGUAACUGCAACAGCACUCGUUACGCUACCAUGCUAAGCAUGUCAGCAACCCUGGACGAUUUCUCGUCGCCGGACAAAAUGACGGAUAUCAACGACAACAUACAAUUGCUGGACAUCAAAGAUAAGCAGAUACGCCAGAAGAGCGAUAUCGACGCGGUAGACAGUUUCCGCAAUUUUGACAUGUGGAAUUCCAAUCUGGUCUCUCAAUUGCCUGGCUCGCCCGCCAACUCCAGCAGCUCCAAGGAAUCGCCGAAUACGACGUACGAAUCUGCACGUUGCGAUUGGGAGAACAACGCGAAAUAUUCCAAGGCGGCAUCGUCUCUCAAUAGAAGCGUUUCCAAUUCUCCUCGCUAUUCCCAGCUCCCCAACUCUCGCUCUUUCGGCAAGACGAUCGACCAGAAUCAGCUGAUCGUCGCUGAUGCCGUUCAGUAUCAGGGAGUGCCAUAUCAUCAGAAUCGCCCAUCAUGCUACGUCCUGGUACAGCCUCAGAAUUACCUGUAUCCAAAGGAUGCGAUCGUAACUUAUCCGCAAUCCUCGUUUGCCAAUAAUAUUCCCGACGAGCAGGCGCGCGUGUCUUUGCUCGCAGGUUGCGAUCGUCGAUCGUUCUGGUAUAACGGCAACCAGAUGGGAUCGAGCGUAGAUAAAGAUCUCAUCAUUGGCGAUGCCGAAUUCCGGCGCGAGAAGGUUCCAGGAAAGCCGGAAACUGCGGAUACCACGGCCGAUUUUGCUACGUCCGGCUACGUUCAGAAUUACUCGCCAAACAUCAUGUUGAAUUUUUCGCCGAUCUACGCGUCGGAGAACGGUGGGACGACACCGUGCUUCGUCUCGUUUGACGCGAUGAACGGCAAUGAUAACAAACGUCCGAGACCGAUCUUGAAACAGACGACAACCGGUCGCGCUUGGUUGUGAUAAGGAUUUUAUCUUUCUCUUCUCUUUUUUCUUUUUUCUUUUGAAGAUUGCUUUACGCAGAUUUUAGAAAAAUGAUGCCGAUCAGAUACCAAAGAUGGCGUUUUUACGUUUUAUUUCACGCAUUCUAAUGAGGAAUAAUUAUAUUAGGAUAUUUUUCUCUUUUUUUUUUUUUUUAUUAUCGAUAUUGUCAUCGAUGCUACCAAAGACUCGCGUAUAGAUAAUGUUAAGGAUCUUUUUUAUGCGUAAGCGUUGCUAAAAGCUCAAUCUAGUUCCUUUAGUUUAUAUAACUCACUCGUUUUAUAGCAUUUUAACGAUGCAAUCUAGUAGUAAUAUUUUUGAAACCACGUAUAAUCGUUGGCAUAGAUUUAUUUUUUUACGAUCGAUGCGUAAUCGCAUCGUUGAUAUCGUUUGCAAAACGACAUCGCAGAUUUAUACCAGAUUAAGUUUCACAUUCGCCUCACCGCGAACUUACUAUACUUAUUUACAGAUAAAGUAGGAGCCAAUCCGAAUAUUCCAAUAAUCGCAUGAUUUUUAAAAGGCCUCAGAUUUUUUUAUUGUUAUAUUUUUAUUCUUUAUCGUCGCGCGCUUGGGACGAGAAGAAAGUUCUGGAGAACGCGUUAUAUCAGAGAAAAAACAAUUAUGCAAUAUUAUUCGAAAUAUCGCGCUAUAUAUUUUAACAAUACAAGACUGCGCAAUUAUAAAAGAUGAAGAUAAAAAUGACGGUACACUAUACGUAUUACAGCGAAUUACAAGUACACGCGCCAGGGCAGAAAUUGGUAUCAUGUUACAAAAAAAGGUACGAAUCAUGUGUUCUCCUGAUAAUAUUAUCUAACAUUAAGUUACAGUUAAUAAUCAACAACGCGAUCUCUUUCACGUGCUUCUAUUUUUCGCGCGAAAAAGAAACUUAUAUACGUUCUAUUAUUUAUCGCGGUUCCUAAUGACUAUUAUAUUAAGGAAUGUGUUUUUAAGACAAUCACGAUAUCGACACUUCCGGUUACACAGUAUCGACGUGAGAUAUCUGUAGUUUGGUUACAAUGUAUGUAAUUGCGACGCGUUACAUGGAAGAAGGAGAAGCCGCCGUCUGUCUUUGCGACUGAUUGCAUUUUGGACAAGUGUUUGAUUUCAGUUCAAUAUUCUGCGACUAGAAAAAUAUUUUCGAUCAUCUUCAAUUUUUGCCGACGAUCUUUGACAGAUCGGCAUUUCAACUUACAGUUUUAACGCCUCGCGCACGAAAAAAUAAUCGACAGUUGGCACACCGUAGCUUCUUCGAAUCGGUGAUUUCGAGCCUGCUCGUUAUCUAUAAAAAGCGACAAAAUAGAACACAAAUCUUUUUUAAAAGCAAAUCAAGUAAUUUAAAGAAAAAAAAAAAACAAUUGCUUUUAUCGCGAUCGAUUUGAUUACCGAAAACAUAUCUUUAUUAUUUUAUUUGCACGAUUUUUCACACAAGUAAAGUCAGUUUUAGCCAAACGUUUGUAACAUACAGAGGAAUUUUUUCCGCAAAAAAAAAAAUUGGAAUAAUAAUCUUUAUAGCACACAAAUAUAAAGACUGAUAACAAGAA